GCUUGAAUGUCUUUUGUCUGCCUUCCCUUCUGAAUCCUCUAUUUCUCAGAAGGAGCAGAAAAGUGAAGAGGGAAACAGACUGCUCUUCAGCAGUAAUGGGACACAAUGCCUAACUUAGUAAAUUUAAGGUGGUAAGAGACAAAAAGCAAAAGCCACAUGAAGCUGAAAACUGCCCCUGCUAAGAACAAUGGAUACCCAAAAAGUGAAUGGCAUUUCUCCAAAGGAGAAUGGAGGCAGAAGAAGACCACCCUCUUAUUCUGUUGAGACCCCCUAUGGGUUCCAUCUAGACCUGGACUUCUUGAAGUAUGUGGAUGACAUUGAGAAGGGCAACACAAUCAGAAGGGUGCCAAUGCAACGAAGGCAAAGAGGGCGAAAUAAUGGCAUCAUGUCACGUAAUUUAAGCCUUCCAGGUUACGGGUGCAGAGCUGCACAGUGGAACUCCAUUAGCACUUUAUGGCCCAAAACCCAACUAGGAGACUCUCAGCAUUUUGAGUUUCUCUCUAGUGACAGUGUGUCUUCUGGCUAUGCCAGGAGGGCAGAACCCACUUACAGGUCCUUGACUGCAACAGAGAUGGAUGCUAGUAUCCAGGCUUUUGACGAGCAGCCCUUUGGCCAUUAUGUUAGGCCAAAUCUCUUGAGAGCCUCCAGUUUACCCUUGACGGUUUUAAUGAGGAAACAUUCAGAAACAAUCGAGGACCCAGCCAGCCCCAGAAGCCCCAAGGAAUAUCUAACACAGGAAAACGAUUCAUCUGAAGAUGUUUUCCAUGCUUCCAACAUAAUGGAUGGGGUAAACGGGACUAUUCAGCGGCUCACUGCAGCUCUUGAGCGAGUUGGGGAAUUGGAGAUGGAGAUCAGAGUCAUUCCUGAGCUUAAGGCUCAGAUAUGUAUUUUGCAAGAGGAGCGAGAGAGGAUUUUACUCCAGUUAUAUACCCAAAAUGACACCACUGGGCAACUGGAUGUUCCUCGACACACAAAUAACUGGGACAUUCCCUUUCAUGAUUUAAAGACUCAAAAGAAUGAAGACAAAGCAAUUGAUGAUUGGAUGAAUCGAGAAUAUGACCGGCUUGAGGAAAAUGUCAAGGCUUCCUCUGAGCAAGUUGAUGCAUUUGCAAUAGCUUCAACCAGUGAAAGGAUACUUCAAGGCAUAGGAAGCUCUCUGCAACUACACAAGAUAGUCUUGCAGGAAAGAGAUCUUUUGGAUAAUGCAGACAGAACCAAGUCUCUCACUGAGACUCUACAACGAAAAGUUGUGAUGCUGGAACAGAAACUUUAUGACCUGGAGGUAGAGCUGGACAAGACCAAAACUCUUCUGAAGCACCAAGUAGAGGAGAGCCAUCUCAAGGAUGAGAAAAUCAAGCAGUUGUCUGCAAACUCUGACAUGGGAUGUAUGUUGGCCAGAGCGACUUCAUCUAGGAUCACCUCAGCAAGUACACAAAAUCUGAAGCCAGUGUCAGAAUCACGGGAAGGACUAACAGGUGUGCAAGAGAUGCCAACAGAGGUAGGAACUGCCCUUAAUAUUCUGGGACAACCUCCUGUAUCACAUGCAGACAUGGAGCACCAUGUGAAAAGAUUGCAAGAGCUCCUUAAGGAGCAGUGGGAGUGCCUCUGCAAAGACAAAACCACUGGAAGAAUAUCUUCAGAUCACUUGCCCCCACUUGUCUGCACCAUUCAAGAUCAGUUGGCAAAUCUAGUCACCCUUCUCACCCUCUAUGUGUUUCCUACUGGAGAUGUCCCACAACCAGAGUCUAAAAUAGAGGAACGUAUUCCUGUGGUUGAGGUGGAGAAUCCAAAGACAGAAAGUCUGAAGACAGUCAGCAUAAGGGAAAGUGAGAGUGUGGAGACUGAUGGAAUAAGCAAUGCUAUCCAACCACAAGAGCAUACCGAAGAGGUUGUUGACAUCAAGAAGAAUAACAAGAUUGAAGCAGGCAAGUCAUGGACUCCAUGGACAAGGGACCCCAAAGAACAGACAAGUCAAAGUGAAGCUUGCAAAUUUAAUACAAAAGGGGAUGCCAUAGAUGAAGAGACCGCAAAAAAGGAAAAUCUGCAAAAGCAAACAAGUAAAGCGAAUUAUCCACAGGGUCAGACAGGGAUGGAGAAAGUGAGGCACGACUACACCUGUAGAGGAGUGGACUCAGCUCAAAAAACACUUGCACUGAGUGAAGGAAACAGGGAAGCUGUCAAUAAGAAUUUCAUAGAGGCAUGUUGUUUCCUGAAAGACCACAUGGACAAAAUGUCUGAACCUGAUAAAGAAAUGAGCCAGGCUCUCACUGUGGUGUUCCAGCAAUGGUUCCAUGUGUCUGCUGAGGAGGAUGCUUGUGCUGAGAUUGUCUCUUUGUAUCUCAAUGAGGUUAAAUCAGAGACACCCACAGUCCUUCAGUUCCUGGUCAACAUGGUGGAUGAUAAUGGGAAUACAGCUCUGCAUUACAGUGUAUCUCACUGUAACUUCAGUAUUGUCAAGCUAAUUUUAGACACAGGAGUGUGUGAAGUGGACCGGAGAAACAAGUCUGGUUACACAGCUAUCAUGCUGGCCUCUUUGACAGAUGUAGAAUCUCCAGGCGAUAUGAAAGUGCUCCAGCAACUGAUGGAGCUUGGUGACGUCAAUGUCCGUGUUGGCCAGGUGGGACAAACAGCCCUCCACCUGGCAGUAAGACAUGGACGUGUCCCAAUUGUGCAUCUUCUACUGGCACAGGGAGCAGAUCCUAACACCCAGGACCAUGCAGGAACCACCCCACUGAUCAGCGCCUGUGAUCGGGGACAUAUCUCUAUGGUGCGAAUUUUGUUGGAGGAAGCAAACUGUGAUGUCAACUUAAAAGACAAGGGUGGUCGCAGUGCAUUAUCACUGGCUACACAGGCCUCUCAUACGGAGAUAGCAGAUCUUCUGAAAGCCCGCACAGAAACUAAGAGUUCAGACAAGUGCAAGGUGUCAUAGAAUGGAGCAUGGAAAUCAUGGACCCACUGAGCAUUCAACAUCCCAGUGCAGCCCCAUUGAGAUUUACAUUUACAGUAUACUUUAAUAAGAAUUCAUGUCCACUUACUGUUGAAAAGGUCAGCAAUAAAAUGUUAAUAUUAAAAUAAACGUUACAUUUUAAAAUCAAGACAAAAGUAGUUUUUAUACAUAAGGCUUGUUAAAUGUAAAUAUGACAUUGUUUAAAACUUGAUCCUAUGAUUUAUAAAUC